AUGUGUCGGCGCGUAAAAACAGAUUGGACUGAAGCCAGUGCAGAUGUCAUACCUGACUCCGUCUACCAAGGCAAACCCCUGGUUCACUACAAUGAAGUAGACAUCAGUAUUCCUCCGUUUCAAUAUUUUGAAGCAACGGUCCGUGUCGGCGACUACAUCUACGCAAUUCCGGUAAAAGAAAUAUGGCCGAAAGGAACAAAGGAUGUUCAUGAAUUCAGGGAAAAAGGAAGUAGGAGUGGUAACAUCUACCGUAUCGGGUUGGUUCAUGAGAUCUUCGCUGUCCAAAAGCAGAAUAUCCCUGAUAAGUUCUUGGAGCCAUUAUUCAGGGUUCGAUGGUUGAAUGGUGCACAAUGGAUGUUCGACAAUUAUGAGGAUUCAGAGGCUCGCCAUCUCUCUGCCCUCAGCCCGUAUGAACAUGUCUUAAUCGAAGAUCCGAAUUAUGUCGUGUAUGUGACCUGCAAAAGUUCGACGAUGGCAACAACACCAAUAUGCCUUAUAUGGACUACGAUGACACACGACACUGAUGAAAUCCCCAUAAUUCAUUGGGUUAAAAUCUGCUACAACGGAUGCAGGAGAGGAAAUAUAUACAACACCGUUGAAGACGAGCUUCGCUGGUGUUCAAAAUGCAGACUUUGGGUCCACGCCGCCUGCAGCGAAAUUCUCGAUCUGACCGCCGAAGACAUCCCGGCCUGGCUCGACUCGAACGACCAGGCGUAUAUUCUGCAUGAUUGGGAUGAAACGGUUGAUCCAUCCCUCCCUACCGGUAACGCCAUCGCCGCUCUCCCUAUCGCUCGAUAUCCCAUGUGCGGCACCCCACACAGCCUGGAGAAGGUUAUCGUUUUGGCAAGGGAGAAGUUAACAUGGGCAGAGGAUAGCGGUUAUCAGUUAGAUUAUGACAAGUUCAUCGAGCAAGCCAAAGCAAACCCUGAUCCUGCUUUUGUGAAGAAAGGGGUUGAAGAAGAGAUUCGGGAAGCGUUGAAGAACAGCCCAGUCUUCUACUAUUGUCCUAAGUGCUGUGACUUUUCUGUUUGA